UCCACAGACAAAUAUAAUCAAAUCAAUUACAUUAUAACCAGCUUGUCAAGAUUAAUGGAUAUUUUCAACAAGUUCAACUCGGACCCAGUUUCUUGUGUGCAAGAUUUCUCGUCCUUGACUGAAGCACCAGAGUCUUCAUCUUUAUCUGAUAAUAGCAAUAGCGUUAAAAGAGCCACUUUUUCUGAUGAUGAAGUUUUGCUAGCUUCAAACAACCCGAAAAAGCGUGCCGGGAGGAAGAAAUUCCGCGAGACGAGGCACCCUGUUUAUCGGGGAGUGAGGCGGAGGAACUCUGGUAAGUGGGUGUGUGAAGUCAGAGAACCCAACAAGAAGUCAAGAAUCUGGCUGGGAACUUUCGCCACAGCGGAAAUGGCAGCGAGAGCUCACGACGUGGCGGCAAUAGCGCUUCGCGGUAGGUCAGCGUGUUUAAACUUUGCUGAUUCAGCUUGGAAGCUGCCGGUUCCGACCUCCACUGAUGCUAAGGACAUUCAGAAAGCGGCAGCAGAAGCGGCCAAGGCCUUUGGGCAACCAAAUUCCGAGUCGGAUGCGAGGGAGGAAGCUACCGCUAUAUCGCAGGAAAAUGUGUCCUUUUCCGAUGAGGAGGAUCUUUUCGGAAUGCCUGGAUUGAUUGACAAUAUGGCUGAAGGGUUGAUGCUACCUCCACCUUACUGCAUGGACACUGAUGUCGUGGAUGCAUAUGCUGACAUGUCUUUAUGGAGUUAUUCCAUUUAAUUUUUAUAAAUUAUUUAAUGUAUUGAGUUAGUUUAAUUAGUUUAGGUUCCUUCUUAGCCGUGCUUGGUUUUUUGAUUAGUAGUACGGAUAAGUGACAUGGAUAAAUAUGAUUGUAUAAUGACAAAAAAAAAAAAAA